AUGAAGCGUCGCAGAGUUUCCGCAGCAUUUAUCGAUUUGGACUCGGAGGAGGCGAUCCAGGCGAAAGACGAGAAAGCAUGCCUCGAGAGGGUAAAGAUACUCGCCUCCUCUCGAAAUCAGAAUCGUCAAUCGCCAGCGGCCGUUCCAGCGCCAGAAGCAGCAGCGACAACGAUAGAGGAGAACGCAAGGAAAAAUAUGUCGAUCGAAAAGCACCAAGCCAUGGAGGUGGGGGCCAAGGACUCAACUUAUAAUACCCGGCCACCACUGGAUUCGUCACAGCUGGCUGAUAUCGCGCACCAAGCUCGUGACAGGGAGCACGCCAUGUCCACGGCAAGCCACCCGACCGACUCGCGUAUCAGCGCCUUCUCCACCGGCAGCAAAUCUAUAGAUCAGCCCAAACACCAACGGUCUACACCGAAUUCUAGCCAAUCCCCUACCACGGAGGCACCGCAGCCAAGACACAUCAUGUCAAGAGGUUUCGUCGACUGGAGUGAAGACUUGCGGCCUACUGAUGAGGAACAACCGGUAAAAGACUUUGAGGAUGCCCCAGGGACUUCAGUCUCUUCGGCAGACCCUGUGUUCACUGUUUCACCCGCUGAUCAACAGUCUAAACGUCGACGGAAGGUGACCAAGAUCCAAGUGGGUUCUCGAACACGGAAGAAGUCUACCAUUUGGAAAAAGGGAAAGGGCACGGGAAAUUGCGAUAGCGCGACAAAUCAACUGCCAUUAACUGCUGCUCCAUUGUUAAAAUUGAAUGUUGAGUUUUCUGCGUCUGGCGAAAACAUCAGCCCAAGGCAACAUGAUGAGCAACAAACAGCAUUUUCUACCUGGGAAACGCAACAACAGAACUGGGUUGAAAAGGCCUCAAACCAACAGGCCCUCAUUGUGAUAUCCAGCAGCCCAGUGAGAGCUCCUCCACUGUCCAGCCCCAGAGCUAUCACCGAUGCAUGCAGAAAGGAACCACAAUCUUUGACUGUGGAUCCUGAUGGAAGAGGAAAGGCAGUCGGACAGAAGCUGACUGACGCACUUCGGGCUCAAAAUAGCCCCCCCGACCCCUGGGCACUGCAAAACAACUCUCGUUCUACGCUAUCGGCGAAAACCAUUCCGAGUGAAUGUGGUAAACGCGACAAAACUACACAAGUACCUACUACCCGUACAACCCGUGGUCGACUCUCAUCGAAUACGAACAGGAGGGAGAAACAGCCGAAAACCUGCCUCUUGGAGGAACUAAAUGACCCAACCGAAUCCGGCCCUUCCCAGCUUAGCCCGACCACGACAAUACCUUCUUGGGACGCUUCAGCUCACCUACAGCCAAAGUACCUCAAAAUUGACCCGUCACCACAGAUUGAAGAGCAUUUGAGCAGCCUGGAAUUGGCAGGGCCUGGUACCGAAAAGGAUGGAGCCCGCGGAUGGACUGAUAUUGCCAGAGACAGCCCGCAAUCCGUAAACCCAUAUCAGGACGAAGAAAAUCGGUCAGGCGAAGGCAGGGAUAACAGGGAAAGUAAUCUCAACAACCUUGAACUGCUCGAGAGCGAGACUAGUGUUUCCUCACUGAGCUCAACUGCCGCGGAAACUGUUCCUCUCGAGGCACUUAUUGGCUCGAGAAAAGGAAACGAACACACUCCUGACUCUCAAAGGCCGCUGCUGACAGGCGAACCGCCAACAAUCUUCAUGCAAAGCGCUCCAUUACCAGACCGCAGAUCUGCUCGACGAACUUGUGCCGUUGAUGAUAAUGGCAGUCCUCGACUCGGACCACAGGUGACUAACAGCACCAGCCGUGUUCGCUCCCAUUUGGAAAUGGACCGCCUUCGGACGAUGAUCGGAAGCGAUUCAAGCUCUUCAUACUCAUUUUCCAGUGAUGAGGAGGACAGUCUCGAUGGCUAUUCUCUUGAGCAUAAGCCCGCGGCUCGGCCCAUUUGGACCAAAUUCCAGCGAGACAUGUUCAAAGAAUAUGGAAUCGAAGCAGAAGAACUGAUAACGCAAAAGACCAAGCCAUUUGGCCAGCGCCACGACAUCACAGAUGGCGGACGCCCGAAGGCAAUUGAUGACAAGCAUCCGUUGGAAAUCCCGCCGUCGGAUUUCCCACCUCGGGUCAACAGUGGCAUCGCCGGCGAGACAACUGAUGACAGGGUCGAUCAGAGAGAAGCGCCGGACCUUCAACGGACUUCAUCGCAGAGUACCAUCGCUGAACCGGGCCAUGACUUGGACCCUCGGAGACAUGGGGCAUCGGGAAGUCUGGACCUGUCCUCUCACACUUCAGGCCCACCGCCAAUUCUAUCGACCCUGCAAGGUCAGACCGAGAACAUGGAGUGGAUCUCAGCUCUACAAGCCGCACAGAAGAGUGCACAUGACCAGUUACUGCAAACAAAUCAGCGACUAUCGACUCAGUUGGCCGCGGAACAGGAAAGUGUCCACCAGGUAUUGCAGAUCUAUCGACAAGGAUGCAACCGCAUGCUGGAGGAACUCUUCCGGGCACAAGAGGUGCGGAUGGAGCUGUACCGGCAACAGAUGGCGUCGGUCAAGGAACAGCACACGCAAAUCUGCCAGGAUCUGAUCCGGGGAUUGCAGGAACUGGACCAUCGGGUGCAGCAGGGGCCGGAGGGUCGAGGCAGCCACUUACCCCAUAGUCUGUAA